AAACAGUGGAAGUCCAACUCAACCCUGCUACUCCAAGAGCUGGGAGAGGAGGAGCUCAUAGAAGAUAUGGAACUCUACAAGACAGAAGAGAAAACAGAACGAGUGCUAGGAGUCAUCUGGAAGUUGAACACUGACGAGCUGACCUUCAACCUCAACUUAGCUCGCGUUCCGACAACGCUACUGGAGGGAGAAACACCUACGAAGAGAGAAGCCUUGCGGAUAGUAAUGUCACUGUUCGACCCACUCGGCUUCGCGUCUCCUGUCACCAUACGGGCGAAGCAGCUCCUACAGGAAGUGUGGCGCAGAGGGACGGCGUGGGACGACCCUAUAGACGAAGAUCUCGCGGAGCAAUGGACGACCUGGCUGACUCACCUACAGAAGCUACGAGACGUGAAGAUACCGAGGCGAUACCUGAACUACAGCGACGCUGCCUCGAUACAGCUUCACAUCUUCACCGACGCCAGCGAGUCAGCAUAUUCUGCGGUCCUGUAUUGGAGAACGAAAACUCCUGACGGCGAGGUCAAGCUCUCUCUCAUCGUCGCCAAGGCGAAGGUGGCACCGUUGAAGCUAACGUCGAUCCCGAGGUUGGAGCUUCAAGCUGCAGUUAUGGGCACCAGACUGGCAGACUCAGUCAUAGAAGAGCACGAGAGGAAACCUGACUGCAAGGUGUUCUGGACCGACAGUAAGACAGUACUCACCUGGAUCAGGACAGGGUCACGCACCUACAAACCAUACGUGGCUCAUCGGCUUGCUGCUAUAGAAGAAAGUACCAAAGUUAACGAGUGGCGCUGGGUUCCGACGAAGCUGAACGUAGCGGACGACGCGACACGAGACGUCCCGCUCACCUUCGACAAGGAUCACAGAUGGUACAAGGGACCCGACUUCUUGUACGAAGAAGAGGACCAGUGGCCAGUCGAGACAGAUACUAAGAAGAUCGAAGACACUUCUGGGGAAGAGAAGGUGAACCACGUAGCGAAUAAAAGAGAACUUAGAUUAACAGAAGGGCUACCCGAAGCCUCACGCUUCUCUAACUGGCACCGGCUUCGAUAUACUACAGCGCGAGUUCUUCUAUUCAUUGAACUCUGCAGAAGAAAUAAAGAAAGCGUAAAUUACAGAAGGACUAAGAAAAACAAAGAACAGGAUCCAGGCUGGAAUAAGAUAGCAAGAAAAACGUCAAGCACUAAUGAAACACAGAAGAAAACAACAACAAAGAUAAAUAGAAAAUUCCUUCCAGUCUCUGCCGAGAACCUCAAGCAGGCGGAGGAGUUGCUGAUGCGUGCUUCUCAAGAAGAGUCGUUCGCAGAAGAAAUAGCCAACCUAAGGAAUGGGAAACCGGUCAACAAGGAAAGCAGACUACAUCAACUCAGCGUCACGUGUGUGGAUGGUGCCCUCCGGCUUAGAAGUCGCAUAAAAGCCGUCAAAUACAUGCCAGAAGACUUCAAGAGCCCCAUGAUAAUAGACGGAGACCAUCCUAUAGUUAAGACAUGGAUACGAGCGAUACACCAACAGCUACAUCACGCAGGAGUGGAAGCGACGGUGAACGAGUGUAGACAACAGUACUGGGUGUUACGCCUGCGCCCUACAACGCGCUCAGUACUGCGACAGUGUUUGUUCUGCAGAAUGAAGACAGGGACUCCGCCACAUCCACGAACAGGUGAUCUACCACAGUGUCGUUUGGCUCAUCACAAAAGGCCAUUCACCUACACUGGGGUGGACUACUUCGGCCCGCUAUCUGUAACAGUUGGAAGAACGCGACAGAAACGCUACGUCGCGAUAUUUACCUGCCUCACUACGCGAGCCAUUCAUCUCGAAAUUGCAGGCUCACUCAGCACCGACUCAGCAGUGAUGGCAGUCCGAAGAAUGAUCUCUCGACGCGGCUGCCCUACAGAAAUAUGGUCGGACAACGGCACCAACCUAAAGGGAGCUGAAAAGGAACUUCGACAACAAAUAGAUGAAGCGACGGCGGAAGAAGCUGCAAAGAGAACCAUCGCUUGGCGUUUCAUACCUCCUGGCGCACCGUUCAUGGGAGGAGCAUGGGAACGAAUGGUCCGGUCAGUCAAGACGGCGCUCGCCGCCACUCUGCACGAGCGACACCCUACAGAAGAGGUGUUAUCCACACUACUAGCCGAGGUGGAGUACACCGUGAACAGCAGGCCACUGACCCACGUUUCAGUGAGCCCCGAAGAUCCAGAAGCCCUGACGCCGAAUCACUUCCUCCUAGGAGGACAGGGUCGAGUACCGCUGCCUGGAAGUUUCACCGACAAGGACGUAGCUUCGAGAUCCAGCUGGCGAGCAGCCCAAAGGCUCGCUGACUUAUUCUGGACGCGCUGGGUGAGAGAGUACUUACCCGAGCUUCAACACCGGCGGGAGCCGCACGGACGGGGCCCAGCUGUGCAGGUCAACGACCUCGUACAAAUAGUCGACGCCAACCUGCCCCGUAACGUGUGGGUCAGAGGAAGGGUCAUCGACACGUACCCCGGCCCAGAUGGAGUCGUCAGAGCAGUGGACAUCCGGACAAAAGGAGGAGUUCUACGUCGACCAGUGAGGAAGCUGGUGAUCCUGCCCCUGCACGACGACGGACCCGCACACGGAGGAGAUGCAACAUCGUCGCACGGCGGGAGAGAUGUGCGGGACAGCGUGAACAGUUUAAGAGAAAAAGUGUAAACAAUGAACAGUAUUUGUGAUUAGUGUUAUAUGAUUAGGUUUAAGUAUAGUUUAAGUCAAAUUAGAGUCUGAUUAGAUUAUUGUUUGUUUAGUAUACUCCGGCCUCCUAUUGGAAAACAUUCCAGUAACAGCGACCAAUAGGAGAGCCGGAAUUAAUUAAAGUUUAUAUGAAAAUUGUGAAUAUUUGUAAGAUAGGAAUAUUGUAAAAAUAAUAUUUUUCUCAUAUUAUAGGCUAAGUAAGGAUUCAGAAAAUGUAUAGUUAACAUACUAUUGUAAUUCAUUUUUAAAUAGAAAAUAGCAUUUUAAGUAAACGGCUCUCGGUGUGGUAAAGUAUCGUCGUACUUAACCUUAAGGAAAAAACCGCGCGCGGGCCCCGCCCCCGCUCUUAUUGGUCGAAAAGCGAGCGAUCUUAUUGGUCGGCCAAUGGGAGCGGGGGAAUUUCGGGGCCCGAAUUUGUAUAAAAUGCGGCCCACACCGAGAGUCGACACAUUCGGCGGCAACACAGCAAGAAGAGCGGACCAACAGGAAGAAAUAGGAAGCCCUCGAAGACUUCAGCAACAGCGACGCCUCGGAUACAACGAAGGAGCCCCGGGACAUCAGUGAAGCCCUAAAGGACAUCAACGGAGCCCUACGAAAUAGUCGACGUAAACAAACUGCGUUUGUUUACGUUUUGUAUCCUCUGUUUGAGCGUCAAUAAAUUGAGUUUGGUGUUUAUA